AUGCCUGAGGGUGAGCCGCUGUGCCUCCCGCAACUGAAGGAAGACAGCCGCCCUGCCGCCCCGUCGUCGCCGCCCCAGCAGCAGCUGCCGUCGCUUCCGCUGCCACCGCUACUAUUCGCCACUACCGCUGCCGUGACAGCCGCCGCCACCACUGCUGCCGUGACACCCGCCGCCGCCGCUGCCGUGACAGGCGCCGCCGUCCCGGACCUGCCCUGCAGCCGAGCCGCGGCCCUGCCCUGCCACCCUGUCGCGGCCCUGAUCCUGCCGGCGCACCUCGGCCCUGCCCCACCACUUGCGGCCUUCUACCCACCUGCUCCUGACUUUGAGGUCUGGAUCGAUGAUCUGCAGCUUUUCCUGCAGUGCGAUAGCAAAGAUGGUCUCUCACUGUUCGAUCUCACGUCUGGCGCCUCUCCUGCCCCUGCUGCCGAUGCUGACAGUACUGUUCGCUCACAGUGGACCACACGCGAUGCUGCUGCCCGUCUUGCUGUGCGUAGUCACCUGCCGUCCACUGAGCGCGCGCACUUUAGUCAGUACAAGAGUGCUAAGACCUUGUACGACGCUGUCGUUGCGCGCUACUCCUCCCCUGCCUCUGCUGCCCUUAGUCGCCUCAUGCUGCCGUACCUUUUCCCUGACCUCGCCGCCUUUGCUACAGAGCCUCUCGUGGUGACCCUCGUGCCCCUUUCUUUGAGGGGUGCUCCCCCGUUCCCCUUUUGCCCUCUGUUGCCUCUGCUGCUGCUGUCGACCUCGUUGGCACCGAGUCGGUCGGCGCUGCGUCAGCCCCUAGCGGGAGGCGCAGCAACGGCAAGGGCAAGGGGGGCAAGGGUGCUGGAGGAGCUGGCGGGGGUGGUGGUGGUGGCGGUGGAGGCGGCGGAGGCGGAGGGGGUGGGGGUGGAGGUGGGAGUGGUGGCGGAGGUGGGGGCUCUGGAGGCAGCGGUGGAGGCAGAGGCAGCAGCGGCGGUGGCGGUGGGAGUGGAGGAAAGUGGCGGCGGUGGCAGUGGCGGCGGUGGCGGUGGCGCUGGUCGGGGUGGCUCUGUGCAGCGGGGAGGCUUCGGUGGUGGCCAGCGUCAGCAGCAGCAGCGCUCUCGUGAGACCCCGCCACCCCAGCAGCUUCGUGAGUGGUCGGGGGUUGCUAUCUUUGAUCUUGACUAUGAUGCUAUUCUUGCUGCCAUGUAUGCUGUGUCUACUAGUGAUGAGGGUGACUGUUACCUGUGUGUUCCGCCUGACCCGGGCAUUGCGGCUGCUGCUCUAGAUGCUAGUGAGUCUGCUGCUCUAGGUGCUAGUGAGUCUACUGCUCCAGGUGCUGGUGAGUCUGCUCUCUCAGGUACCACGUCUGCUCAGGCGUUGCACACUUUCACCCUUGACUCGGGUGCUUCCCGCUCCUUCUUUCGAGACCGCACCACCCUCACAUCGCUCAGUCGGCCGGUUGCGGUCUCCCUGGCAGACCCCUCUGGGGGUCCUGUCCUUGCCCACUACUCCACUGUGCUACCGUGUCCAGCGGCCCCGUCUGGCUCCCUGUCAGGUCUUUACCUCCCCUCGUUCUCUACGAACUUGGUGAGUGGUGCUGACCUACAGGAUGGGGGGGUUGACCAGUUCACUCCUGCGAGUCAGCGGGUGACCCACUGCACGUGUGCUCGGACGGGCCGACACUUGGCCACGUUUACCCGUCAACUGGGGUCGAGCCUGUACACACUGACUACCGAGUCUCCUCCGGUUGCUGUGCCUGGUCAGGUAGCUGCGUCGGGUCAGGUGUUUGCUGCAGCGUCUCGGUCUGGUCCUGAGUCUGCCCCCUGCUCGUGUCGCCUCCUGUCCCACCAGACUCAUCUCUGGCACCACCACCUUGGUCACCCCUCCCUGCCUCGUCUCCGAGGCAUGGCCUCCCGUGUCCUUGUCUCUGGUCUCCCCCGGUCUCUCCCUCCCCUUCCUCCGGGGCCUGCCCCUACCUGCGUUCCCUGCGUCGAGGGGCGGCAGCGCGCCGCUCCUCACUCCUCCGAGUUUCCGCCGACAGAGGCUCCGCUGCAGACUCUUCACAUGGACGUGUGGGGCCCAGCCCGCGUCCGUGGCCAGGGUCAGGAGCGUUACUUCCUACUGGUGGUUGACGACUACUCGCGUUACACCACGGUCUUCCCCUUGCGCCGCAAGGAUGAGGUCACUGAGGUGUUGAUCGACUGGAUCCGCGCUGCUCGUCUCCAGCUCAGAGAGCGUUUCGGCUCGGACUUUCCUGUUCUGCGUCUGCACUCCGACAGAGGUGGAGAGUUUUCCUCCGACCUUCUGCGAGCCUUCUGUUGUGCUAGGGGCAUCCGCCAGACGUUCACGCUUCCGGCCUCUCCACAGCAAAAUGGGAUUGUUGAGCGACGCAUUGGCAUGGUCAUGGACGUCGCUCGUACGUCCAUGAUCCAUGCGGCUGCUCCCCAUUUUCUGUGGUCGUUUGCGGUUCAGUACGCGGCGCAUCAGAUCAACCUUCAGCCCCGGGUCUCCAUGCCGGAGACCUCCCCCACUCUGCGGUGGACGGGGAAGGUUGGCGAUGCGUCUGCGUUCCGUGUCUGGGGAUCUCGAGCUUUUGUCCGCGACUUGUCUGCGGACAAGCUGUCCUCCCGUGCUGUUCCCUGCGUCUUCCUUGGCUUCCCCCCUGACGCGCCUGGUUGGCAGUUUUACCACCCCACCUCGCGCCGUGUUCUGUCCUCCCAGGACGUCACGUUUGACGAGUCGGUCCCCUCCCUGUCAGUAGACCCCCUCCCCCCUCAGGGUCCUGCCCCCUCAGGUGUGUCCCAGGUAGACGCAGUCGAGCCUGUCGAGGUAGCUGUCGAAUCUGGUGCUGCUAGGAGUGCUGAGCCUGCGGGUGCCGGGUCUGGGGGUGCGGAGCCUGAGCGUGAGGUGCCUGGGGGUGCGGAGCCUGAGCGUGCGGAGCCUGGGGGUGCUGAGUCUGGGGGUGCGGAGUCUGGGGGUGCUGAGCCUGCGCGUGAGGAGACUAGAGGUCCUGCGCCUGUGUGUGCGGAGUCUGGGGGUGUUGAGUCUGGAGGUGAGACGCCUGAGGGUACUGGGACUGCUGGUGCGCAAUCUCCUUGGAGUAGCCGCCUUCGUCCGCGUGUGCCUCUCACCUCACAGCAGCUGCACGACUGGUACGGUCGCCGUCAGGGUCGCGCUGCUGGAGCUCGGGGCUCUGCUGCUGGAGGUACUUCUGCUGACGUCCCUGGAGCUGGGAGUGGUGCUGGUACUUUGUCUACUGGAGGUGCUGGAGUCGCUGGUCCCGGAGGUGCUCGUACUGGAGGUACUGGAGCUGCUGGGGCUGGGGGUGCUGCGUCUAGGGGUACCGCUGCUGGAGACACUGAGGCUGGAGACCCUGGGACUGGAAGUACUGCGUCUGGGGGUGCCGCUGCUGGAGACACUGAGGCUGGAGACCCUGGGACUGGAGGUGCUGGUUCUGGGGGUGCUGCUGCUGGAGACACUGAGGUUGGAGACCCUGGGACUGGAGACAGGUAG